CUUCCUGAUGAUAACCCCAAAUGACAAACUUAUGAAUUACGUUAUGAUUUCAUAUAUUUAAAUAGUUUCUCGUUUAAAUUUUCAUUUAAAAAAAAUUUAGUUUCAUUUAAAUUGUUCUAGUCUUAACAACGUAUUAAGAGAGCCAAAAAAUAAUAAAUAUAUAAUCUUUAUUACAAACUAAGAAUAAUGCAUCAUACAAUAAUCGUUGCAAUAAUAGCAAUUGUAUUUAUAAUUCAGACCGCAAAUGCCGGUUACACGAGUGAAGAGACGGAUGAAAAAUCGAAAUCAUUAUAUAGUGCAGUGACUUCUAUAUUGGGUACUACAGAUAGUAGUAAACAUCAUCAUAAACAUACAUAUGAUAACCCGCCCUGUACUAGUAGUGGAUGUUCUGCCGCUUUAAGCCCAUGUUACAGUCCGACCGGUUGUCCGCAACCAACAGGUCAACAGGGCUAUAACAACGGUAUUGGAUAUAUGGUAAAUCCACAUACAAAUGUUGGUUCUUUGGGGCAUGUAACUCCCCAAUCAUUUCAAACAGGAGCUCAUGGCUCUCAACUACCAUAUCAAUCGACAUCGGACUCAUAUAUUCAACCAGGUUCAUCUAAUAGAUCUCCAGUUUCACAUCAGGGAGGUUACCCAUCUAAUGCAUCACCAGUUUCACAUCAGUCAGGCUAUUCUUCUGCCGGUUAUACCCAACCUAGUUCAGUUCGGCCAUAUCCUUAUUGGAAUAAUAAUCCUAGUAAUUAUGGUUAUCAAGGACCACGAGGAUAUAGUGUUUACGAUCAUACGCUAAAAACAAAUUCCGAAUAUACAGAGGUUGGCACUCAUACAGGACCUUUACAGCAUGGAAAUACUGGUUAUGGCAGUGGUUACGGAGGCGGUUACAAUGGUCUUUUUAAUAGACCAGGAUUUUAAAGGAUUGCAACUAAAUGUUGGUUAAAAAUAAAUUAUAAAUUAUUAAUUUAGUACUAUACAUAAAUAUACAAGCGCCCAUGUACAAUGUAAA